AUGCCGUCAGCCACGGCGUCUGGCUCCGAUGCCAACGGCGGAGGCGCCAGGUCGCGCGACCAUAACCAGGGAAACCAGGAUCGCAAAUACACCCCCGAACAGAAGGCAGCCGUCAUUCGAAUUCGAAAAUGCACAGCGACCGCGUUCUACGAGAUUCUGUCGAUUGAGAAAACCGCUUCUGGAGGCGAAAUCAAGAAGGCCUAUCGGAAACAGAGUCUGCUAACUCACCCGGAUAAGAAUGGGUACGACGGCGCAGACGAGGCCUUCAAAAUGGUCUCGCGUGCUUUCCAGAUUCUCUCGGACGAGGAUAAAAAGGCCCAGUAUGAUCGAUAUGGCGGCGACCCCGAUAGCAGAUUCAACCCCAGCGCGGGGGCCUCAAGCGGCGGCGCCUCUCCAUUCAGCGGUGGAUUUGGCGGUGGUGGAUUCCCACGAUCUGCAGGACGCGGCGCGGGCUUUGAGGAAGAAAUUUCGCCAGAGGAGCUGUUCAACCGCUUCUUCAGUGGUGGAUUUGGAGGGAUGGGUGGGGGAUUCAGUCCUUUUGGUGCCGGUCAGCCAUUUGUCUUCAACAUGGGGGGCGGUCCAGGAUUCCGAGUACAUCAAUUUGGAGGAGGCAUGCCACGCCGGCGGCCUCGCACAACCAGCAGUGGCCAACCGGAGCCACCCGUGGAUGGCUGGGCUUUUGUCCGCCAGCUGCUGCCUCUCCUCCUGCUCUUCGUCCUUCCCCUUCUCUCCUCUCUUAUGUCCGGCUCCUCAACGCCAUCAGGACCAUCCUAUCGAAUCAAUACCCCCCAGGCGCCAUACACCAUGGGUCGUAUAACCCCAGAACUCAAACUUAACUAUUUCGUGAACCCUCUCGACGUCGAUGAUCUUAGUCCUCGAAAGCUCAAACAACUGGACCGCCGUGUAGAGGUGAACUAUGUGACCGGUCUCCAAUACGAAUGUGAAAGAGAAGCGCAAAUGCAACAACGCAAGAUUCAGGAUGCCCAGGGCUGGUUCUUCCCGGACGUGGAGAAAAUGAGGGAGGCACGAGCAAUGGAAUUGAAGAGUUGUCGGCAGUUAGAGAAGGUGAAAGGCAGAAACUGA